AUGACCGAAAGCGUACCAAGCGCCCCCACCCCAAGCAAGCUGGUCUUCAUUCACGAAAUAGUAUCACUUCCUGCUGCGAGCAAGGUGAGGUUACUAGGCUGCGUUGUGCAAUAUGAUGCCAUCAAGGGCCAGCUCCUUCUCGAACAUGCCUAUCCAAGAACCUCUAGCCCGACUCCUCGAAUAUGGAUUGACGUCAAUCUUGUCCUUGAAAAUGUGAAACCGGCUCUUCUGGACCCAGGGACUUGGAUCAACGCAAUCGGGUAUACUCGGGCUUCGAUGCCUCAGAAUGGAAAAAAGAGCACGAAAAGGUCGCAGAUUAUACAAGGCACAGUAUUCGUGCAGGCUGUCUUAAUCUGGGAUGCAAUUGCCGUCAGAAUCGAAGACUACGAAGAUAUUUUGGAAGAAGAAAGGCGUGUGCGGCGAAGACUUGAGUCCGAACGCGAAUGA